AUGUUUCCAGCAAUACCCUUACCGAAGCGACUUCGCAUCAAUUUGUUCCUCAACCACCCUGAUCGUUCUGUUCCUCAUACAUCAACCGAUCAACAACAUGUUGCUGAACAUGACACUAUUACCGCUGCAAUGUCUAGAGUGGAGAGCAUGUUGCAGGAGUUUGAAGCAAUCUUUUACCAUGACGAUGGUAUCGACGGGGGUGCUUAG